AUCGGGAAUGAAAAAGUGCACUAUAUAUACGUAUGGUCAUAUGGAUUGCAAUUGUUCUAUAGUAUAUGUAUGUAGAUGCAUGUGAACUAACAGGAACUAACAGUGAAAGCAAUUAAACAACGGCAACAUCAGCAGCAGAAAGAGAGACAGACAGCGAGAGAGAGGGAUAUAAAGAGAAGAAGCAGCGGCAACAAAAGCAGUUAGAAACAUGGAAGAGUCCAAGAGUCGCUAAUUGAGGUCGUUGCUAGAUUUCGCACCGAGCAGCACGCCAUUUUUUUUGUGUGUGUGUGAGGAAUAUGCUCCGUAAAGUGGGAAAUAUUACGAAAUCCAGAGCCAACUGAUUUGAAGGAAGAAACCAAUUCAAAACUGUUUUCGAGGACAAAGAAUAACAGAAUCCAUUUGAAGAUAUUAAACAGGCAACAAGCGAGUGCAAGUGUAAGAUCGAGUGAACAGCGAGAAACAGAGAGAGAGAGAGAAAGAGUUUUUCCAAUAGCCACGCCCCAAAAGCAGCAUGAGCAGCAUGAAGGGCGGCUUUUCCACAAUCAAUCGUUGGUUUGGCCGCAAGAAGGAUAAAUCUUCUGCGGCCCAGACUGCAUCUAUGGGAAAACUAUCCAAGUCAACCACACAAUUGCAUCAUCUGUCCACGUCGACGGACAUUAACUCUAUAAACGAGACUAGUCAAUUGGAAUAUAAUCGAAUUACCCCAAUACCCGCUGCCACCAGCAAUGCACCAUUCGAGCAAACCUUUAGGAUCACAGUUCUUUUGCCCAAUAACCAGUUGUUUGUCACACGAUUGGGCGCACGUGUCCAGCUGAGUAAACUGCUGUCCCUGGUCUGUGAUCACAAGCAAUUGGAUAUGGAGAAAUAUGAGUUCCGCAGUCCCGUGGAUGCUAGUCAGGUGUACAGCUGCGAGUCGACCAUUGGAGCCGUGGGUCUAUCCGAGAUACGACUGUGCCUCAAGUCCGAGUCAUAUGAUAGCUUCAAUGCCGACUCUUUACCCAAAUUUCAUCGCACGGGAGCGGCACGGGAUCGCGAUUCAUUAAGCAGCAGUUCAGACUUUAGCAGCAGCCGCAACUCGAAAAUCACGGCGAAGACUCCAAGUCCAUAUAGUUCGAGCAACUCACUGAACUCGAUGGACUCGACGGGCAUGAAUUAUACCCGGACACCCGUGGUAGUGCCCAAUAAGGUGAUGGCACCACCGCCGCGCAAGAAGCGGGCAGCACCACGUCCACCCAGUCAGGUGGUUAUACCAGAGCAAUCUGUGCCCGAACUGACCAGGGAAAAGAACCCAGAGCCGGCCUAUGCGGUAAUUGUGAAACGUCCACAAUUGUGCAUGUCCACACCGAAUCUGUCCACGGAGCUAGAUUGCAAUGGCAAUAGCCCGGAUGCAUCGGAUGGUCAUUAUGCCACGCUGGAACUGAAACCAGAGGUGGGCGUUGGUAUGAGUGGGCCAGAGCCGUCGCCUCGAAAGCGUUUGCUACAAAUUAAAAAAAAAACCACAGCACCGGCUCCACCACCAGACGCUGGGGCGAUGUCAGCUGAUAGCAUUUCAUUGGCCUCCACCACGGCAUCGAUAACAGAGACGGCACCAAUGCCGCAACCGGCGCCUAGGAUCACCACACCACAGACCCCACAGACGCCACAAACGCCGCUGACUCCGCCUCCACUGCCUGUGAGCACUGCCCCCGCCAUACCAGCCAGCAAUGUGUCCAAGGUGAUACUGAAUCGCACACCUACCCCAGAGCCACGGUCGUUGGGUAGUGCAGGGGAAGAUGAUGACAAUGAUGCGGCAUCCAAGCAAGCCGAUUCCGGCAUUGGUGAACCAGCGCCCUCACCCGAACCCGAACCCGAAACGGAAACCAAAUCCCAACUGGAAUCCAGUUCAGAGGACGAGGAGGCCAUCAAGGUGUAUAAUUUUAAGCUUUGCCAAACUUCAGUCAAGGGUGAUCCAAUGCCCACCACUUUGGCCGAGCUGGCUGUGCUCACAGCAGCCGCAGCAGAAGAAGAGGAGGAGGAGGAGGAGGUGGAGAAUGGGCAACUGGAUGAACAGGAAAAUGCUGUAACCACCAAUGGUCUUAGCGAACAGACUUCCCUGUCAUCAUGGAACUACUCUGUGCCCAUUUCACCACCACCCGAUUUCUCUGAUCAGCGUCCCAAGGGACUUUCUUCUGCCGCCUCCAGUCCUUCGUCGCCCCACAAUGUCAUUGUCGAUGAGUUGUCCACAAUUAUUCAACAGCAGCGUCUGGACACGCUAAUCCGCAAGCAACCCGAAGUUCAGGAGGAGAUUGAGUCAGCCAAACCCAAUCGUUUGGCCAAUUUCACAAUUGCCUCCAUAUCCAGCUCCAGUUCUAGCUCCAACACCGCCACGACCACGACCCACAUUUCAACAACAUCUACGAAAAUUACUCGUGCCGACUCUUUUCAAGCAACAGGAUCAGGCAAUGAUUCAGUCGGUUCCCUCAGUCUGCGUAGCUCUUCCCAUUUGUCGCUCAACAAGGUCGAUGCCAUGCCGAAUGGUGGCUUGAACCAAAGACGCUCCUCCAGCGAACUGAGCAUUGGCGAAUCGCCGUCCCUGCAAAGUCUUGAGGUGAUCAAAACCAUAUUGAAUUCCCGUAAGAAUAGUCUGGCCGACAGUAGCAGCAUCAACAGUGGAAGCAGUGCAUCAACUUCUCCCCAACUGGAACAACCAAAGAAUUGCAUUCCCAAUGAUGAGCAAGUCGAGCAGGUCGAUGCUUUCAUUUCACCCAUCAAGGAGCAGUCUAGUCCACCCAAGCAGGAUACGCCGCCAAUUACACCCGUGAAGGAACAGUCAACAAAGUCCGCGACGGCAGUCAAUCUCGUUUCACCAGGCAAACCCCCGAUCAAACCACUAAAGGAUCAAGUGUCUCCCACAAAAGAACAAUCAUUGCCAGCAUCAGUUCCGCUUAAAACCGUAAAGGAACCAGUUAGUGAAGUCAUCCAAGUCAAGGAACAAAUCAAGCUGGAUAGUCCAGUCAAUAGGCACACGAAUUUCGUGGCUCCACCCAAGGAACAGUCAAGCCCAGCUCCUGCAGCACCGCCUAAACCUGUCAAGGUGGAAACAAAUCACAUUGUCACGUCCACGGAAAAGUCGCCAGUUUUAACUGAAACAAGAUCGAGACAGGGGCAAGUGUCCACCUUAAAGUUAACUACUUCAAUUGAGACGCCCGCUCCUGCUCCUGCUCCAGCUACAGCCCCAAUUGCAGUUAAAACUCAGUUAGCUGCACAGCCAUCAGAGAAAUCCCCUCCAGAAGCCACAACCAAGACGGAAGCAAAGCCACUGCCACCUACUUACCGAUAUUCCGGCCCGCCAAGCAUCAACUUUGCCACUUGGAGCGAACGCCCCAAGUCUCAGGUGGCCAUCAAGAACGAGGGUGACUACAUCUUCGGUGGUUCCUCCACUUCCACAUCCACUUCCAACUCCAACUCCAACAAGCUGACCAUCGAAGUGGCCUCACCCAUACUCCGAAUGGGUAUAUCACAGCGCAAGGACUACCAUGUGCCCAUUACGGUCAAGCCCUUAACGGAUAGUUCAGAUGCUAAAGAGGGUCAAGAGAAUGAGGUACCUGUACAAAGUCAAUCAUCGACAUUGCCUCGACCAUCAAAGAGCAAUCGCUUCACCUUACCCAAUCUUAACCAAGCGCCAACGAGUAUAACUAAGAUGUCGAUCCCCUCGAGCAAUACCAAUUCCCUGCCGCGACCGAAAUCAGUGUUAGUUGAAUCAGCUCCUGUUCAAGCUGCGGCUCCCACUCCUGCGCCCUUCGGCCAGAAUACUCUGCGACGAACGGGCUUCAAGGAGCGCAUGCUGGCCAAAGAGCAACAGGAAAAGGAACAGGCUCUCAGCGUAAGAGUCUCAGUCAAUGGAGGGGUGACUAACGAAUCAUCCGUUGCCCUGCGCAAAACCACAGCAACUACAACUGCAUCUGCUCCUGCGCCCGUAUCCGCUCCUGCUUCCACUACAGCACCUGCUCCUGCUCCUGCUCCUGCACCUAAACCGGUUCCCGCAGCCAAAAGCAUUUCCCUGCUAAAGAGCACCAAGUCAGUGGAGCUUAAGGUGAAAGAACCCGAGCCCGAACCAGUCAUAUUACAGGUGAAACUGCGACCCACAACACAGCCAGCAGCAGAGAUUAAGGUGGCUGCGAAUCCUAAUCCGCCCUCUCCACCCCAGCCUCCGGCUCCGCCUAAGCAAUUAAAAUUGAAUGGUGGUGUACGGCCAACCAAGGUUGUCACGCCCACAUCACCAGAUCCGCGCUCCCAGCUACUGGAGGCCAUACGCAAUUUCAAACGUGAUGAACUGAAUCGGGCCUAAUGCUUAAGUUGGGUCGAUUGCAGCAGCGGGAGAAGGAUUAGAAGAGGAAUCUAACUGACAACAAGGAACAGGAACACAAUAUGCACAAAGCAAAAGGCCCAAAAACACACACAAAAAACAACAAUUUAUUCGUUAUUAUAUAAAUUUUAAUUUGUUUUUUUUUUUAUUAUUAAUUUUCUUUUGCUUCUUUACCCAGAAAAAAUAUUGUAAAUAUUUAACUAAAAACAAAAAUUGUAAAUGAAAUGGGAAAUUCUGUUUAUCCUCUUCUUUUUGCCCUUUCCCAACUUUUGCUAAAUUGUGUAAAACUUUUUGUUAUUUUGUAAUUUUAUGCCUUUUUUUAAAUGAAACCAUUUUUUUGUUUUUAGUCAUUAGGUCACAAAACAAAAACCAACUAAGAAAAGAAAAAGAAAAUGUGUGAGAUAAGCGAAAGCUUUGCGAAAAUUAUUCUAUAUAUCUUUAUAUACAAAUAUAUAUACAGUAUAGUUAUUAUAA